CACUGUAACUGUAAGAAAAACAAACAAAAACAAGAUUUAGAAACCAGACGUGCAGUAUUUACUGACAGUCUUUGUCACUUAUUUACAUUUGAUAAUUCUAAUAAUGGAAUGGAGAUUCCACUCAUUUGAUAAUAAAUAAUAGGUGCAAAUACUUGACUUUGGAAUUAGUAAUUUUGUUAUUUAUUAAAUUUCAAAAAAUGGCGACUUUACUUUCUCAGUUAGGUGUAGGAGGAAACCCAUUUACUACAGCAGUUGGACAGAGAAUAGAACAGGCAACAGAUGGAUCCUUAGCAUCUGAGAAUUGGGCUCUAAAUAUGGAAAUUUGUGAUGUCAUUAAUGAAACAGAUGAAGGACCUAAAGAUGCCUUGAGAGCUAUCAGAAAAAGAUUACUACAGAAUGCUGGAAAGAAUUACACUGUUGUUAUGUUUACUUUAACUGUUCUUGAAACAUGUGUAAAGAACUGUGGGAAGCGAUUUCAACUCCUUGUAACUCAGAAGGAUUUUGUUCAAGAUUUAGUGAAACUAAUUGGACCAAAAAAUGAUCCACCUACUGCUGUUCAAGAAAAAGUGCUUAGCUUAAUUCAAAGUUGGGCAGAGACUUUUCGUUCAAAUCCAGAAAUGCAAGGAGUUGUACAAGUAUACAAUGAUUUGAAGCAAAAGGGAAUUGAGUUUCCACCUUCUGAUCUAGAGACCAUGGCACCCAUUAUCACCCCUUCUAGAAGUGUCCCUGUACAACCACCUACUCAACAUCAGAUCCAUGAGCCUUUACUUCAGGACCCAGAUGCUACCACCAUCCAUCCUCAUCAAAUAGAUAAACUGAAGAAAGAGCUCGAAAUUGUUCGGGGAAAUAUGCGUGUUUUUGGAGAAAUGUUAACUGAGCUUGUUCCUGGAAAAGAGCAUCAGAGUGAUCUGGAACUUUUACAAGACUUAUGUAAGACAUGCCAACACAUGCAAACCAGAAUAGUUGAAUUAAUUGACAGAGUAGGAAAUGAAAAAAUUACAGAGGAUUUGCUACAAGUUAAUGAUGAGCUUAAUAAUUUAUUUUUACGCUAUGAAAGAUUUGAAAAGAAAAGAGCAACAAUGGCAAAUGCACCUGUUCCAGAACCGGUUUUUGAAAGCAAACCUCUCAUUGAUUUAGAUGAAUCUACUCCUAUUAGUCAACAAUUGCAAGGAUUAGACUUGAAUAAAACUGAUGGUGCAUCUGCUGUUGAAGAAAGCAGCACUAUUUCAGCUGUUGAUGAAUUUGAUAUGUUAGCUCAGUCCAGGACCUUAGAGAAAAAUGUGCAUAUGGGUACUGCAAGCAAUACUAGUGGUCCUUUGGCUGCUGAGGCAAUCCCUAUUCCAGAAUUUGCUAGGGAUCAGGACUUCCAGGAAGUUGCUAGAUGGUUAGAAGAAAAGCCUGAAGAUGCUCAAGCUGAACCAUUUCCAGAGGAAUUUGAUCGUUUCCUAGCAUCAAGAGCAGCAGCAGCCGAAAGAUUACCUACCAUCAACCCAGCUGCUCCACCAUCUUCUAAUAACUUAGAAAAAGAGAGGGAAGAUGUAAAGUCGUUAUCUCCCUUGAAAAGCUAACAUCAUCAAGUGUGCAGCAGAAAAUGGGAAACACAAAGGAUAUAUUUUGCAAACUGUCAUUAGCUUUAAUAGUGGUAUCUUUUAGUUUUAUGAUACAGUUCUCAUGUAUUUGUCUUUAUAUAUUUAAUUCACAUGUAUAUUUUGAGUAUCAUAGUAGCAGUUCUUUUUAAUCGGAAACAUACAUAUGUUUAUAUUAACACUCUAGUAUGAAUGAACGUGAAACAAAAUAAUUGAUAUUUUUCAGUUGUGAUAUUUUUAAGAGUUAUAUAUAAAUGCAUAUAUAUCUAUAUAUAUUUGGUGGUGGAGGAUUUUUUCAUGGCAGGUUGAAUUAAAAUAUAAGCCAUUAUUUACAUUCUUUCCAAUUUGGAAAUAUUCCACCUUCAUUCUUUUUUAAAGCAUAAAUAUUCCUUAUUUUUUUUUUUAAAUCAAUGAAAUACAUAUCUUUUAUAAUUUGAUACAUGUUGAUGAUUUUAUACACAUUAAUUUUGUUUGGUAUGGAAUUUUUCAGAGAAAGCAUUUAGAUUCUCUGUUUAUUUGUUAUUAGAAUAAUUUCUAGAUUUCUUCAUUAUUGAUAAACUCUGCAUUUGUUUAAAAAAUAAACGUUUUAAAAAACGCUUUAAUGUUGUUCUUGAGUAAAUAUUCUCUAUCUGUUGAAUUCCUUCCCCUUAUUAUAGUGCAGCUAUUUAUGAUUUAUAUGAACUCAAUUGUUAUAGUUUCAUAUUUGUUUUUUCCCCCAGCACUUUUAAUUUAUGAGAUUGAAUUUUUCUUUAACUGCUGUGAAACUGAUAAAUUUAAGCUAUAUUUUAUGACAUUUUGAAAUUUCAGCUAUUUACGCAGAUAAAUAGGUGACAUUUUGCAUUUUUAUAACAAUAUGGUUAGAAAAUAUUAUUCUAAAUAUGUUAUGGAAUCAAGAACUGAAAAUUUUCUUUGUUUAUUUAAAAAGAAAAGUUGAAUUACUAUUUUUUUAUUCAAUGGAUAGGAUGUUUUUGUAUAAAAAGGCAAAUGAAACCAGUUUAUUAAUAUGCAUUAAUAAAAAGAAAGAAAGAAAGAAAAUAGUUGUUUCAUAAAUUUAGGAAGUAGAUUGGCACCUACCUAUAAGAAACUCCAGCAAAAGUUUGACCAUUAUUUUAAUUUCCUUUCUGUAUUUUUUCCCUCCUCUUUAGGAGUAAUAUUGUCUAAGCAGUGUAUGUGAGUGAAUAACAAUCUCUAAUCUGAAAACGAAUUUAGUUUUAUUCCUUCAAGUUAUCAUAAUUUAAUUGGUCUCAGGUAUCUUAAUUUAUUUGGCAUAUUUAGAAAAAAGAAGUGGGGGAAAGGAGAGCGUUUUAGUGUCAAAUGUGGUUAUGUAAUUUUGAUAAAAUUCACUCACUUUUAUUUCACAUACUAUAAAAGUUCAGUGUGUUAUAUACACGUUCUCAAGUAUAACAAAUUCAGUUUUGAUAGAUCUUGCAUUUAAGUUCCUAUUGAUUUAUUACAAUCAAAUAUUACUUGUGAAAUAUAUUUAAAAUUUUAUUGUGUUGUUGUGUGAAGUUAUUAGAGAUGAUCAAGAAUAUAGAUAUUUUUGGAUAUUGAUGUUUCCUACAUGACAAAGUGGAUAGUCAUGGUUUCUAAAUAAUCAGUUUUAAGAAAUAAAUGGCAGAACUGUAUAUUUUAUAAACUGUUCUGUAAAAAUUAAGUAAUUGUGUUUUAAAUGUGCAAUACAUUUUUAUCUGAGAUGUAGUUUGGUGUUAUAUAUAUUGUGAAUGAUUCAAUCUUCAUGUUACAUUUGUAAUAUUUAUUAAAUUUUUUUAUUUGAUAAACAAAACAUUGAAUACAAAUGUGAAAAACAUAAUUUUAUGUUACUUGUGCUUCAAAUGACCAUUUAAAUAAUUUUCGAAAUAAAAAUUAUUUGCCUAUAUUAUGUU